GCAGCAGCAGUUGAGGCAAAUAAGCAGCAUCAGGAGCAAUAUAGUGCCUGGGGGUGGGACAGGUGUCCAGACAUGGCCCUCCACCUGGGGCCUGGCCUGAGAGGCUGAUGGGCCAGAGGCAGAGACCAUACCCAGGGCAAUGAGGAAGAUAAUGAAGUAAGCGGUGUCUGACUUGGACUCAAACAGUUGGUUGCUCUUCAGUCUCCCCAGCACUUCCUUUGCUGUGGUCUCCAGAUCCUUCAGGUUGGCCAUCCCAGCUAGAGGGUCCUGGAUGCCACCUGCCCCAACCCCCCAGAGGGAAACCUUUAGAGCUCUGGGUUCCUCUGGGGCCAGGCCACAUACAGGCUCCCACCGUCCAGCCCCUGCCCCUUUCACACUGUCCCUCCAGGUCCCAGUUCCUGCCCCAACUUCACUUCCACUCCUCUCCUUGCCCUUACCUUGGUCCUGAACCUGACCUGACCAGCCCCUUCUCUUCCCACUUCCCCCAGCAGCCCCACAUCAAGACCUGACCUGCCUCCAAGCUCUCAAAGCCUUAACUCCUGGGAGCAUAGACUUCCUGCUUCCGGAUCCACACCACCUGAGGCCUUAGCAACCAGCCCCUCUCUCCCCAUGGCCAGCCCGGGGCUGCCAGAACUCAGAAGGCGGGACCUGUGUCUCAGCAGUGUGCUUCCUGCUUCCCAACAGCAGCUGGUACUGCUGGUCCCAGGAGGAGGUCACAGGCCUGUCAGUAUCCUCACCCCAGGGCUUUUUCACUUUUUCUCAGUAGACCAUACAAGCAGCCUGGGACAAUGGGCACUCAGCUGCUGCUGACCAUGAAUAAAGGAAAGACAAAGAAAAAGAAGAGAGGGAGGGAGGGAGGAAGGAAGAUUGAAAAGGGGAAAGGAGCCCUGGCUGGGUGGAUCAGUUGGUUGAAGCAUCGUCCCAUAUCCCAAAAGGUGAUAGAUUUGCCCUGGUUGGUUUGCUCAGUGGUUGGAGCAUCAGCCCUUGCACCAAAGCAUUGCGGGUUCACUCCUGGUCGGAACGUAUAGAAGUGAACUGAUGUUUCUCUCUCCCUUCCUCUCUCUCUUAAAAAAAAAAAAUCAGCAAGAACAUAUCCUCAGGUCAAGAUUAAAUUUUAAAAAAUUUUAAGGAGAAAGGAGGGAAAGGGAAAGAGGAAGAAGUAUCUUUUCCACCACCCUUGUUGGUCUGCUGGGAUGUGCCUGGCACCAUAUUAGAAGUCUUAGAUCCUUAUUUUCUCUGUUCUAUUCCUCACAAUAGCCCUAUGGUUAUCUCUCAAAAGAGCUCUUUGCCCAGAAGUUGGGGCUUGGGGCCCCUAACCCUGCAAUCCCUGACCAUGUCAGUGAGGCAGCUCUCACUCCUGCCUUCUUGCAGAGCACAGACAUUUCCAGGCCCACUAGGCGCCAGACACUACUCAGCACGUGAGGUUGGCUAUGAAACAGGUAGACACAGUGUUUUGUUCUUACAGUGCUUAUGAUCUAGUAGGGAAGAACAUAUCAGCUAAUGUUAGGCUAUAUGUACAUUACCUAAUGUAUCCCUCAUGGCAAUCGUACCGUGGGUAUUACUGCUAAUCCCCACUGUAUUAUUACAAUCGUACAGUGGGUAUUAUUACAGAUAUGAAAACAGGCCUUGAGAAGCUCAGCAACCAGCUCUCGAGUCACACAUCUCAGGGAUUCAUUUCCUGUUGUUGUAACAUACUACCACAAGCAUAGUGGUUUAAAACAACACAAAUUCAUUACCUCCCAGCUCUGGAGGUUGGUGUCUAAAUGGGUUGGCAGGGCUGUAUUCCUUCUGGGGGCUGUAAGGGAGAAACCAUUCCUUGCCUUUCCAGUUUCUAUAGGUCAUAUUCUUUGGUUCAUGCCCCAGAACAUCACUUUAAUUUCUGCUUCCAUCUUCACAUCCACAUCUCUGCCUGCCUUCUUGCUUUUCUCUUAUAAGGAACCCUGUGAUGACAUUGGCCCCCAGGGUAAUCUCCCCAGCAAAAUUCUUAAUCACAUCUGCAAAGAACCCUUUUGCCACUUAAGGUGACAUAUUCGCAGGUUCCAGGGAUUAGGAUGGAAAUAUCUUUAGGGGCUAUGAUUCUAAGCCAACCACAACCAGUGAGCAGAGAAGCCAGAAUUGGGACUCAGGCAUUCAGAUCCCAGAGUCCUUAACCAUCAUGUUAUGGGGUUUCCUUUGCUGGGAUCCCCGUCUUACACCCUCCAUCCCAGUCUGAAAUCUCAGACUGGUAUUUUUAAACCAACUAGAAUAUUCUCUUGUAAAAAUGGGGAGAGAGUGGGGUGCAGCCACUUUGGAAAACAGUCUGGCAAUUUCUCAAAAAGUUACAUACGGUGUUAUCAUAUGACCUAACAAUUCCACUCCUAGGUAUACACAUAAGAGAAUUGGAAGCAAGUGCUCAAAGGCUUGUACACAACUGUUCACAGCAGCACUAACCACAAUAGUCAAACGGUGGAAACAGCCCAGUGUCCAUCAAGUGAUGAAUAGAUAAAACAUGGUCUAUCCAUACAAUGGAAUAUUAUUCAUAAAAGGGAAUGAAGCACCGACUUGCUACAACAUGAGUGAACCUCAAAAACAUGAUGCCAAGUAAAAGAGGCUAGUCACAAAAGGCCACAUAUUGUAUGAUCCCAUUUAUAUGAAAUGUCCAGAACAGGCAAAUCCAUAGAGACAGAAAGUAGUGGCUGCCAGGAAAGGGGGAUGGGCAACUGAGUGCUUAGUGGUUAUAGGGUUUCCUUUUGGGGUGAGGAACAUGUCUUGGAACUAGGUAGAGAGUGGUUUUGCAACCUUGUGAAUGUACUACUAGUGAAUGCUACUGAUCUAUUCACUUUAAAAUGGCUGAUGAUUAAUUUUAUGUUAUGUGAACUUUAUCUCCGUUGGAAGAAAGUGGGGAGAGAGGCCAAUAACUCAGCCCCUGCCCCCCUUGGCCUGGCUGGGUGAUAAAAAGGCCCACGGUCCUCUUCCCUCCCCACUGGCCCUCAGUCUUACAGUCCAGACCCCUGGGUGCCUCGUUUCUUGUUUGUGAUUAUGAAAGUAAAACCACCUCAUUAAAAUCUGGGAAACUCCAAGGUGUUAAAAGACAAAACCAACCAAAGAGGCCCCAGACCCAAACAGCAAUGAUGGGCAGAGGAGGGUUCAGGCAAGUCAGACCCCAGAUUCGGGUCCUGGUCCCAGCUUUUAACACCCACCAAUGUGUGUGUGACCUGAAACACGGCCCCUGACCCCUCUCUGCCUCAGUUUCCUCAUCUGUGUGUGAGAACAGUGUCCCCUCUCUUCAGGUUGUUGUGAGGAUUGACGGACACACUCGGCACAGAAGUGUCUCCAGCACAGUGACGUACACUAGAAACAGGCACUAAGUGGCCAUGUGUGGCUCUCACUCAUUUUGUGGCUGGGGUUCCCUCUAGUUCUUAGUUCUUGGUGUACAUUUGGAUUCACCUGCCGUCCUCACUCUGCUCAGACCGCUUUAGCCUCCCCUCCACUCUCCCAGUCACCACAGCCAAGAGUGUCUUGCAAAUGACUGCCACUUUCUGACCCUCCAGUUCACAAUCGCUGAGACUUUCUUCCCAACAUUUUUCAGAAUCCCAUGUCACUCACAUGUGAUGGUUUUCCUGGAGAAAGUGAUGGUCUUCCUGCAGAGAGGCUAUUUCCGUAGGGGACAUUCCCAGAAGCAGAAUGUGCCCCGGCUCAAGGUCAUACCACGGGUCACUGGCACUCCUUGGUCAUCUGCACCUAAAGUUCUCAUUUGCUUUGAUGAGGCCAGCCUUGCUGAAUCCCUCAAGAACCGUGGAGUUGUAACUUGAAAGAUUUUUCUGCUGGGAAUGGAACCAUGUUCAGAGCAGACUCUUGUCCCUGUCCUGCCCUGGGCCCUGCCCAGCCCCACUUCCAGCCUCCAAGCCUUGACAAUGAAGGUUAAGCCUCUUGUCAGAUGUGUAGACAGUGGGGGAGUAGAAGAGUGUGGGCAGAGAGGGACAGAAGGCUGGUUGGAGCACGGGACAGGUAGUAGGUGUAUUGGGCAGAGUUGAGUGGAUGGACAGAACAACCCUAAUCGUUUACUGGCACACAGUCACGCCCUCCCCUUCACUUUCUGCUUUCACAGCUGAAGAGUAGCUGCAAGAGAGAUCUUAUGAUCCGCAAAACCUGAAAUAUGUGUACUGUCUGAAAACUAUUUAUCAACGUCUGAGACCGAGGAUUGCUUAGGGCUUGCAAACUCAGGUGCCAGAAAAUAGGUGAGAAAAAAGUGAGAUGGAUUUGGUGUAAGAAACAUCAGGGAGCCCGGCUGGUGUGGCUCAGUAGUUGAACGUCGACCUAUGAACCAGGAGGUCAAGGUUCGAUUUCUGGUCAGGGUACAUGCCCAGGUUGCAAGCUCAAUUCCCAGUAGGGGACAUGCAAGAGACAGCCAAUCAAGGAUUCUCUCUCAUCAUAGAUGUUUCUAUCCCUCUCCCUUCCUCUCUGAAAUCAAUAAAUUUUUUUUAAAAGAAACAUUAGGGAAGGCUGAGAACUGUAGCAAAUUGAAGAGCAUAUGGCCCAGCUAGAGAGCAGCUUGAAUCAGCGAUGGGCUGGGCCCAGAGUUGCCAGGGCUUACAAUCUCUAAAAUAACAUUGGAAAUCUAGAUCUUUGUGUGAAUAAGAAAAGAGACCAGAGAAGAUGAGCCCGUAGCCUCAGAUUUCAUCUCUGCCAUUUCCUCAUUGUGUGACCUUGAACAAUCCUUGAACAAUGCCCUUGACUCAUGUGUAAACAGGGUUAUCUAUAAACAGUAUAGUAACAGCACAUGUUUCAUGGGCUAUGAUGAUUAUUAAAUAAGUUCUCCUUCUAUGGCCCCUAGAACAAUGCCAGGUGAUUAAGUAUUUGCUAAAUUGAUGCUUUGAUUUUUCAAUGCUGCCAAUUUAAAACACUAUGAUACCAGCAAUGGAUAGACCAAAGAAAGCACAUGGAUGUUCUGCUUUAGGUCAUAAGUUUGCAUCCCCUGGCAGAGUGGCUAAGGGAGAUGAACUUGGAAGCCAGAGAGACUGGCUGAAUGAAGCCCAGAUCUGCCACACAUACCAUCUAGGUGACCUUGGGCAAGGGACCUGCCCUGGGCACCUGGGUUCCUGUCUAUAGUCCUAGGCCAGCGGUUCUCAACCUGUGGGUCGCGACCCCUUUGGCGGUCGAACGACCCUUUCACAGGGGUCGCCUAAGACCAUCCUGCAUAUCAGAUAUUGACAUUACGAUUCAUAACAGUAGCAACAUUACAGUUAUGAAGUAGCAACGAAAAUAAUUUUAUGGUUGGGUCACAACAUGAGGAACUGUAUUUAAAGGGCCAGAAGGUUGAGAACCACUGUCCUAGGCCAAGGUCGUUGUGAGGAUUGCAGGGUAGUGUCUCGAACGGCCUGGAGGAGCAGCUUACCUGUCCCUGCCCUCGGCUCCCUGCUGCAGAGGAGCCCCCAGGUGGUGACACAGGGAGCAGUGGGGCUUUGAUUCUUCAGUUAACUGUCACCCUCUCCCCUCCCCCUCACCACAAACACCAGGAUCUUCCAGGACAGGGCAGCCCCUAAAACUCCCACAGGAGCCCAGGGCCUCAGGUGCCACACGAGGCUGCUUCUCUCUCUGUCUCUGACAGAUCGGCCGCUGGGCUUUGCUGGGGUAGGGUCUGAGCAGAGAAUCUGCCUGGGCAUGGCUGGGUCUGGAGUGGGAGCUGGGGUACAGGAGGAACAAACCCCUGGGAAGGUGCAUAUCGGAUGGGAGUUCAGUCUCCCUCCAGAGGCAGCUCCCCUGGGCACCGCUCACCAAACCUUUUGGGCCAUGGGCGCCUGGAGGAUAGACGGACCAGGGGCAUAAUGUGUGGGAGUAUCUGGAAGCAGAACUAAGGAGUCAGGGUUCAAAAUGAGAACUCAGAUGUUCCUCCUGGGAGCCCCAGCAACCUCUUCUCCCCACCUCACCCAGAUACCAGGCAUCGUUGGGCCCUUGGCCCCAUGGACCCCCUAAGGCGAUCCCUCUCCCCCUGCUCAUCAAGGCCCACCUCCUGCGAGAUGCUUGGUUAUGUGGGCAUCGAGGCCGUGCUGGACCAACUGAAGAUCAAGGCCAUGAAGAUGGGUUUUGAGUUCAACAUCAUGGUGGUAGGGCAGAGUGGGCUGGGCAAGUCCACGAUGGUGAACACACUGUUCAAGUCCAAAAUAUGGAAGUCCACCCCAUCGGGCCUGGCGCUGGGGCCCACGCCCCAGACGCUGCAGCUGCACUCGAUGACCCAUGUCAUCGAGGAGAAAGGCGUGAAGCUCAAGCUGACCGUGACCGACACGCCUGGCUUUGGGGACCAAAUCAACAAUGACAAGUGCUGGGACCCCAUCCUGGGCUACAUCAAUGGACAGUAUGAGCAGUACCUGCAGGAGGAGAUCCUCAUCACCCGCCAGCGCCACAUCCCCGACACCCGGGUGCACUGCUGUGUGUACUUCGUGCCGCCCACUGGGCACAGCCUGCGGCCCCUGGACAUUGAGUUUCUGCAGCGGCUGUGCCGGACUGUGAACGUGGUGCCCGUGAUCGCUCGGGCAGACAGCCUGACCCUGGAGGAGCGAGAGAACUUCAGGCGCACGAUCCAGCACAACCUGAGGACUCACAGCAUCGAUGUGUACCCACAGCAGUGCUUCGAUGAGGACGUCAAUGACAAGAUCCUCAACUGCAAGAUCCGGGACCGGAUCCCCUUUGCUGUGGUCGGGGCUGACCGAGAGCACAUGGUGAACGGGAGGUGUGUGUUGGGCCGGAAGACAAAAUGGGGCAUCAUUGAAGUGGAGAACAUGGAGCACUGUGAGUUUCCCCUCCUGAGAGACCUGCUCAUCCGUUCCCACCUCCAAGACCUGAAGGACAUCACCCACAAUGUCUACUACGAGAACUACCGUGUCUGCAGACUCAACGAAAGCCACAUGCUGCCCCAGGGGCCCGGCUGGGUGAACCUGGACCCGACCCCUGCCAGUCCCCCGGCCAUCCCUGGGCCCUCAAAGGGGUGCCGAUGGGCCCAGGACAAUCCCUCCGAGGAGUACUGAACACAGCACACCCAAGUGCUCAGCAGCCCCCACACACACCUGUGUAUUAGGACAUGUAUUAAAGGUGGACAUUGCUUUUUAUGACAAGCUGUGCGUUGAAAACAAAA